AUGGUGCAAGUAGCCGACGAUGUCGACCAUACCCUGAUAUCCAACCUCGCAACUCGUCUCCAGCAGCUGGUGGGCGACGUAGAACGAGUCUACACCACCGGAUCUCGCAAUGUGCGCACAGUCCUGCGACGACAGCAUAUCAACACCGUCCAUCCGAUUUCUACUCGACCGCUAUGCCGACUGCUUGGCGAAGACCAACUGAUGAAAGCCCUCCGUCUGUUGUCAUUGAAACUAGCUCUGUUCACUCUGGCGCGGAUUUAUGAUGAAUGUCACGUUGCUUUGUGUCGAGCGAUGGCGGCGGCCCGGAAAGGUGAUGAUCUUUACGAAGGCUUCAACCGAAAUCCGUGCGUGGAUCUCCGGACCCUUGCCGACCAAAUUGGUCUACGCGAGGAGAUUGUUGAAGACCAAAUAAUGCUCGAAUCAACUUUUGACAACCUGGCGCCCUUACGCGCCACGUGGAAGCCUGUCCUGCCCAUGUCCUUUGACCAUCUAUCACAACUGCAUUCUCUUGCUGAUCUCCUACCUGGUGAGCAGUCGCCCAGCGACGAGUAUGCGGGUAUUGGCGGUGGUGGAGGGUCGGACAUCAUCAGUGCAAGUUUGCUGGGUCACUUAUUGCUACGACAUAAGAAACAAAUGGACCUCUUGAUCUCGACUCGAACCUGGGCAACAGGAUCCCAAGGCAAAAACGGCUCCAAGUUGGGAAUCAAGCGUGAAGUGUACAAUCACGGUGGAGCAGUGGAAGCGCACGGGCGACCUGUUGCUGGAACUUUUCGGGUGAAAAACGAUACCACCGCCGAGGGUCGCGAUCUUGAAACGAUUCCCCUCCCAUAUCAUUCCCAGAUAUUUAUGGUGCUGGACCAGGGCGAAUCUGGAUCCCAGAUCUCCGACGACGACAAAGCCGAUCUUACAGAUCAAUUUCAUGCCGUGCUAGGUCAGGCUACUCGUCGGAUACAGACUGUUCUCAUAGUAGACACAGGCGGGGAUGUUUUCGGCGCCGAUUCGAGCGGCGCUACGACGCCAGACCAAGACUAUCGGGUUCAGAAGGCAAUCACCCCUCUCUCGCCCGAGUACAAUCUCGUGACGGUGGUGGUGGCUCCAGGUGUCGACGCUCCGAAUGACGCGCCACAAAAGGCUUCGAAAGCUGGCGGCAUGGUCUAUAAGCCCACGAAAGAGGAGAAACAGAUGCUUCUUGAUCUACUCGCAACUAAAUAUAGAAUGGACGGGUCAGACCCCAACAGAUUCGGCAAAACAACACUCGCAUUACAGGCCCGAUUACGGGGGGUGGUUGGGUGGACCUCUUUGGACCUCCCUCCAUAUGUCAUUGACACAUGGGAGAAUCCCUGGAAUAGCUUCGUGUACAUCCGGGAUUGCAUGAGCGACAUCAUUUUCAUGCCGACACCAAAGUUGCUGCCGCUGAUUGAGCCGACGAAGAAGAAAAAGGGAUGCCCAUGA